GACAUGAUUAUAGGUGCCUGUGGAGGAGGACAGAAGACGCUGUCAUAUCUUCUGGAGCUGGAGUAUUGUGCAGGUGUUUUUGAACCACCUGAUUUCAGGCGUUGGGAUCCUCUCAAGAACAACCUUGAGCCAUCUUUAACCUCUGAGCCAUCUCUCCCACCCCAAGAUGCCUAUGAAGAAUUUUGGAAAAAAAUGCACUUGUACCAAUGAAAGAAGCAUAUAGCACCUGUGAAGUUAAAUGCACUCCCCAUUCUCCACUCAGACCUUCUGCUUGAGACCUGCAUGUGACUUUUCACCUGCGAGCUACGCUUUUUCUAUCUACUGACUUUGAUUACAGGAAAGUCUCUGAAGAAUCGUAUCAAAUGACGUCAAUGGCCAGCUUGUUUUCUUUCACUAGUCCAGCUGUGAAGCGAUUGUUGGGCUGGAAACAAGGUGAUGAGGAAGAAAAAUGGGCAGAAAAGGCAGUCGAUGCUUUAGUGAAAAAACUAAAGAAGAAGAAGGGCGCCAUGGAGGAGUUGGAGAAAGCUUUGAGUAGCCCGGGACAGCCAAGCAAGUGUAUCACUAUCCCCAGGUCCUUGGAUGGAUACCUGCAGGUUUCUCACAGGAAAGGCUUACCUCAUGUUAUAUACUGUCGCAUCUGGUGCUGGUCUGAUUUGCAGAGCCAUCAUGAGCUAAAGCCAUUGGAGAUCUGUGAGUUUCCUUUUGGGUCUAAGCAAAAGGAAGUUUGUAUCAACCUGUACCACUAUAAGAGAGUGGAAAGUCCAGUCUUACCUCCAGUGUUAGUGCCUCGUCACAAUGAAUUCAAUACACAGCACAGCCUUCUGGUUCAGUUCAGGAACCUGAGCCACAAUGAACCGCACAUGCCACAGAACGCCACGUUUCCAGACUCUUUCCAUCAGCCCAACAAUACUCCUUUCCCCUUAUCUCCUAACAGCCCUUACCCUCCUUCCCCUGCUAGCAGCACAUACCCCAACUCCCCAGCAAGUUCUGGACCAGGAAGUCCAUUUCAACUCCCAGCUGACACACCUCCUCCUUCCUAUAUGCCACCUGAUGAUCAGAUGGGUCAAGAUAAUUCCCAGCCUAUGGAUACAAGCAAUAACAUGAUUCCUCAGAUCAUGCCCAGCAUAUCCAGCAGAGAUGUUCAGCCUGUUGCCUAUGAAGAGCCUAAACACUGGUGUUCAAUUGUCUACUAUGAACUAAACAACCGUGUUGGGGAAGCUUUUCAUGCAUCAUCUACUAGUGUGUUAGUAGAUGGAUUCACAGACCCUUCAAAUAAAAAGAGUAGAUUCUGCUUGGGGUUGUUGUCAAAUGUUAAUUGCAAUUCAACUAUUGAGAACACUAGGCGACAUAUUGGAAAAGGUGUUCAUCUGUGCUACGUUGGUGGGGAGGUGUAUGCCGAAUGUCUUAGUGACAGCAGCAUCUUUGUUCAGAGUAGGAACUGCAACUUUCACCAUGGCUUCCAUCCUACCACUGUCUGUAAGAUUCCCAGCAGCUGUAGCCUCAAAAUUUUUAACAAUCAGGAGUUUGCUCAGCUUCUGGCUCAGUCCAUCAACCAUGGGUUUGAGGCCGUGUAUGAACUCAGCAAGAUGUGCACCAUUAGAAUGAGUUUUGUCAAGGGCUGGGGAGCGGAGUACCAUCGACAGGACGUUACCAGUACUCCAUGCUAGAUUGAGAUUCACCUCCAUGGGCCUCUUCAGUGGCUGGAUAAAGUCCUUACUCAGAUGGGCUCUCUGCUGAACCCUAUUUCUUCUGUUUCAUAGUGCAGAAGUAUUCUUUUCAACUAUAUUUUUAGUGGACUUGUUUUAAUUUUAGAGGAAUUUCCAGUACAGAUACUGUGAGCUCACAUGGAAAAACAGAUAUUGUGGCUUAUUUUUUCUACAUAAUUGUGACCAACACAUUUGUAUUUUAUGAUGAAUUUACAUUUGUUUGUAUUCAUGUUCACUGUGAUUAACUUUCAAAGUAUUGUAAACGGUGUAGAGUGUUUU